UACAUAAACAGCUGAUUGGGGCCGAUAGAUAAUAAUCGAUAGUCGAUAAGCUGACGCACCGAUAGACAGUUGGCUGGGAAAAUCCAUUUCAUCCGGGGUGGAAAAGAAUCCGUUUGUGAAAUUCACAAAAUAGGAGCAAUCGCCCAGGCGGAGCACGUUAUCCCAAAGAUCGGGCGAGGGAGUGGCAGAGGAGGAGUGCGGCACGCAUUCUAUUUAGGUUUUGUGCUGAAUGUCCUACUGGCGCUGGUUGUGGUUGGCCCUCAAGAUGAUUUACCAGCUGCUGUGCUGCUCGGUGAGCCUAAUCCUCUUCUGCUUCAACGUUUUCUGGCUGUUCUGCAACCUGGCCAUACCGUGGUGUACCCUCACUCUGCUCAUCGUCUGCAUCGCCUCCAAGUUCGUGAAGCUGCAGCGCAGUCCCAACGAGAAGCGUCUGCUCAGCCUGCUGAGCACGCCGGAGGAUCGGCCCAGCUACUGGGCCAUCGCCAACCGGGCGGCCGGCUUCGAUGCGCCCGAAAACUCCAAGGCAGCCAUUAAAAAGUGCCUCGCACGUGGCUAUCGGAACGUGCUUCUGGAUGCCGGCCUCACGUCCUGCGGCGAAAUAGUCUUGGCCAACCCCAAACGCAUGAAUGUGGCUCAACAGUCGCUGGACGAGUUGCAAAAGCUAAACAUCACGGAAUACCAUCCGAUGGGGUCGCAGUACGAGCCUGAAUCGAUGGCCUCACUCAGACAGUUCGCCGAGUUCCUGGACGCGGAGGCUGACCAGGCCACGGUUUUUCUGCGCCUGCACGACACCAGCGCCCGGAUGCUCGACCAACUGCAGAAGUUUAUGACCACCGACGAGGCGUUUACCCAGCGCACAGUUGUCAUCAGUCGCUCACCACUUGCUAUUUACCAGCUGCGAAAGCUGAAGCCAGAAAUCAUUUGCGGCCUUUGGCACGAGACCUUCUUGUCACUGGCCAUCCUCAAGUCCUCUACACUUGUUACUUCAAUCUACGGUGCUAUUUUGCGCAACAUCAUUGCUCCCGUAAUCGGAAUAAGCGUGGUCUUUCUAAGUAAAGAAGAGAUAAACUUGCACAUUGCCGAUCUGUGGCGCAACGUGGGUGUCCGUCCAAUAGUCUACAUGGUGAAUUCACCUAACGAGAAGCGCUACUUUCAAAAGACUAUGAAGAUCCAGUAUUUAACGGAUUCGCUGCGGUCCGAGCCGCAUCUUCUUAUGAAGGCCUAAGAGCAUCUUGGGGAUUUGAACGAACGAAAACGAC